AUGGCCAUGGCCAAGCCCCCGCUCCAGACCGCCGCGAUCCUCCUCCUCCUGCUGCUCGUCGCGGCCGCGUCUUGGCUCCAGACCGCCGACGCCGCCUCAGGGUUCUGCUCGGGCAAGUGCAGCGUGCGGUGCGGGCGGGCGAGCGCGCGGGCGCGGGGCGCGUGCAUGAGGUCCUGCGGCCUCUGCUGCGAGGAGUGCAACUGCGUGCCCACGGGCCCGGCGCGCGGCGGCAACGAGUGCCCCUGCUACCGCGACAUGCUCACCGCCGGCCCCAGGAAGAGGCCCAAGUGCCCCUGA